AUGAAUCCAAACUUAAUGCUGGUGAAACCAGGGGUGAAGGCCCUCUGGGAAGGCGAAAGGAUUUGUCAGAUGAACGCCAAUGGAAGCCUUGCCAUCCCUUCCUCCAAGAACGAAUUGUGCCGCAUCAAGGUCUACCUGGAUAAACAAAAUUUAGGAGGGAAUGAAGUUGGACUUGGAGGACACAUUCCCAAUGUCACAGACAGGCAAGUGACCUCACCAGCCAUCGUCAAACUGUAUCCGCCUCUCUUGCGUCGGGGCGCCGUUCUGUCGAAGGGACAUGCGAAGAAACUGUGGACAGACAUCGUCGGAGUUCCUCAGGACGGAUGGGAUGGCGACCUCAAUGUGGUGAAAAACGGAAAGUAUCAACACUGUGUCUUCGCCUAUAAGAAUAACUACGAGAUCGGAAUCAACGAUGUUGAAUGCGGACGUCAGUUGAAUGCGUUCCUUUGCUACGAGAACGUAUCGGUCAAAGACUGCCCGAAUCCGCAACAACCCCCUGACCAGGACGUGCAGCUGUUGGCAAACGAAAAGACGAGAUAUUCCCUAGGAGACAAUGUGACCUAUGUCUGUCCUUUCUGGAAGGCAUGGAAUCCCCCUAGCAACCCUCCGUCUCCGUUUCGGACAUCCCAAUGCUUUGGAUCUUUGGGCUGGGAAUACAAACUUGAGGAUCUUCGUUCUUGCAUUAAAGGCGACUUCUGCCCACCGAUUCUUUUGCCACGCAAGGGCGACCCGUACACAAAGGCAAUCAAUGUGUCAACGCCCGCGGAUCCCGAGGGCAGGUACGCACCAGGCAGCAACGUCACGUUAGAAUGUGGACUGAAAAACUUUUCCUUCUCCUCUGGGAAUACCCUAGAGACAUGGACAUGUCAGAACAAUGGGGAAUGGACACCAAUAAAUAUAUCCAUGGCAUGUAUUCCUCAACCAAAUACAACAUGCAAAUUGCCUGGUGACGAGGAUGCCAUAGCCUUCACCGACCAUUACCUUGUGGGAUCCAUGGUAUACUGCAUUCACAAUGAAUCCCUCCAGCUUUCACUCACCUGUACUGAGAAUCUCACCUGGUAUCCUGAAGAUUUUACACCCUGCAAGGGAGUGUACCCAUACUUUGAAGUCACAAACAAGAGCUUUCUGCUGGGGAAGCCGAAAAAUAGAUCUCUCGAUGGGAACUUUGGAGCUGCAGCCUUCUGUCACGAACAAUUCAAUUCGUCCGGGUUGCCUGAAUUGAAAAACAGAACGGAAAUGGAAUCUGUGGUCCAGUAUGUCCUCAAACAUGUUGACGACGGAUACGUUCCCCUCCCGUACAACAUUUUGCAGUUUUGGAAGGAAGGGAAACUGCCAGAGAAUGGUUCCUACAAUUCGACCAUUUUCUGGAAAUUCCAGAACGGAGACCCCAUCUCAAAUGACCUAUUUUCACCAGGUCAUCCAAACGACCCUGAAAACGGACAUUGUUCCGUUCUGGAUCUCAAUGAUGGGAGAUUCUGGAGCGCAAACUGUUCUCAGCCGUUCGACUGGGCACUCUGUCAGCUCAACGCCAACGAUAGUUGCCAGGAAUUCAGUACCAUGACGAAUUACACUUGGAAUUGGCCUCGCUUCACGGCAUAUGGGAAAGCGAUGCAAGUCCAUUGCCGCUGCGGGCAAGUGUGGCUGGAUUCCAUUCCAAAGACGAAGAGGGAGGACUUCCAGUGCUACGGCAAUAUUGGAUAUGACAUACGUUCCAUGACCAAGUGUGUCGAAGCUUACUCUCGUGGCUGUGGUAGCACCUCUUCAUCCAAUCGUGAUCGACAAGAUGCCUUUCUUAUAGACCCAGGCGAAUUCUGCCCUCCGAUUCCUUUGCCACGCAAGGGGGACCCCUACACGAAGGCAAUCAAUGUGUCAACGCGCACGGAUCCCAAGGGCAUGUACCCGCCAGGCAGUAACCUGACGUAUGAGUGUGGGCAGACAAACUUUUCUUUCUCCUCUGGGAAGAUCCGAGAGACAUGGACAUGUCAGGUCGAUGGGAAAUGGACGCCGGAAAACGUAUCUGUGGCAUGCUGUCCUCACCCAAAUACAACAUGCAAAUCGCCCGGUAACGAGGAUGACAUAGCUUUACCUGACCAUUACCUGGUGGGAACGGUGGUUUACUGCAUCCACAAUGAAUCCAUCCAGCUUUCACUCACCUGUGCUGAGAAUCUCACCUGGUAUCCUGAAGGUUUCACACCCUGCGAAGGAGGUUGCGGGGAAUUCCCUGCCGUGACAAAUUACUCUUGGGAUCGGCCUCUCUUGACGUUAUAUGGGCAAGCGGCACAAGUCAACUGCAGCUACGGUCAAGAUUUGCCGGACUCCGUAUCGAAGACGAGGAGUAAGAGCUUCAAGUGCUAUGGAAACAUUGGAUAUGACAUCCGUUCAAUGACAACGUGUAUCAAGGGCGACUUCUGCCCUCCGAUUCUUUUGCCACGCAAGGGCGACCCGUACACAAAGGCAAUCAAUGUGUCAACGCCCGCGGAUCUCGAGGGCAGGUACGCACCAGGCAGCAACGUCACGUUAGAAUGUGGACUGAAAAACUUUUCCUUCUCCUCUGGGAAUACCCUAGAGACAUGGACAUGUCAGGACAAUGGGGAAUGGACACCAAUAAAUAUAUCCAUGGCAUGUAUUCCUCAACCAAAUACAAACUUCAAAGUUCGACCACUUGCCCUAUUCUUGAAUGGGACCCAAAGUGAUUUCUUUCUCCUUACCUUUGCAUUCGUACUUGGAGGGAACUCGUAUUCAGCAUUUCAUGCCGGGCCUUCCGUCCUAGCAUGCAAGUUGCCUGGUGACGAGGAUGCCAUAGCCUUCACCGACCAUUACCUUGUGGGAUCCAUGGUUUACUGCAUUCACAAUGAAUCCCUCCAGCUUUCACUCACCUGUAAUGAGAAUCUCACCUGGUAUCCUACAAAUGUCACACCAUGCAAAGAAGUGUACCCGUACUUCGAAGUCGGUAAUGGAAGCUUCGUGCUUGGGAAGCCGAAAAAUGGUCCUCUUGAUGGGAACUUUGGAGCUGCAGCUUUCUGUCACGACCGAUUCAAUUCGACAGGAUUGCCGGAAUUGAGGAACAGAACAGACAUUGGACUUGUCGCGCAGGCAAUAAUGAAAUACGUUGACGAUGGAUGUGCUCCCCUCCCAUACAACAUAUUACAGCUUUGGAAGGACGGGGAACUGCCAAAAUAUGGUUCCUAUAAUGCAACCAGUUUCUGGAAAUUCCGGGACGGAGAACCUAUAUCAAAUGACCUGUUUUCUCUGGGUCAUCCGAAUGACCCUGAAAACGGACAUUGUUCCGCUCUGGAUCCCUUCAACGAUGGGGGAUUCCGGGACGUGAACUGCUCUCAGCCGCUCGACUGGGCACUCUGUCAGCUCCACGUCAACGAUAGUUGCGGGGAAUUCCGUACCAUGACAAAAUACGCAUCGCAUUGGCCUCUCUACACGGCAUAUGGGGAAGCGGUACAAGUCCGAUGUCGCUGCGGUCAGGUGUGGCUUGGGUCUGAACCAGAGACGAGGAAAAAAAGCUUCACGUGCUAUGGAAAUAUUGAAUAUGACAUCCGUUCCAUGACCACUUGCAUUGAAGCCUGUGGGAAGAGUGAAACUCAACCGUCGUUGGAGCACGCAGACUGCUUAGAUCUUCUAAACGGAUGCAUCCUCUCGUACAAGUGCAACACGCACUACAACAAUAGUAUCGACGGCGUUUCGCUGCAUUGGCCUGAACAUCCAAAAUUCCAGUGCAUCGAAAACCAGUGGAGACAUAACAACAUCACGUGCAUCCUCUACGAAUGCUUCGAUGAACCAACCCCAUCGGUGAACCAUGCGGUCCUACACUCGUGGAAGCAGAAUUCCAAGCUGAUCAAUGCAACAGCCACCUACAGGUGUGAAUCUGGUUACACCUACUCUUCCAUUCGCGACUCGAAUGCCACGAAGAAAUCCAUCUGUAAGACCACAGGAUACUGGUCGGAGGUGGAAGACUGCGUACCUUCCUACUGCCCUUCUGACCCUCCACCUGCCAAUGAAUCAAUGAAAUUAGUAUGGGACAAGAAAGAGAGGCUCAUCGGAAAUAACAGCACCUACGACUGUUUUGUUGGAUACCGAUUCUCCGUGAAUGAAUCUAAACUCCAGAAUCGUAACUAUGAAAAAAGCAAGGAUGGAUUGGACGUCAUCAAGAUUCAGAGCCGGUGCCAGGCGAAUAUGACUUGGGAGCAUGUACCUUUGCAGUGCGUGCCUUCCAUUUGUUCCGGCAAUCCCCCAAAUGUAACGGGAGCUGUACUCAUUUCCACGAAUGGUGGUGUCACUUUUGACUGGAAUGGAUCCUUUGAAGUCGGAACCAAUGUGAUAUACUCUUGCCCAGAUCACAUGACCUUUCCGGAGGGUCGAAAUGUCACGAAAUCUUGCAUCAUUUCUGGUCAGUGGGAGACAUUAAAUGAAACCUGCAAUUGGUUCGAGUGCCCUGGAAGUCCACCUCCACCACCGGACGGAGGGUUUUCGAAUUGGAAUGGCCAUCUCAGCCCUGUUGGAUACAGUGUCACCUAUCGCUGUCCUGAUAACCACUUGUUCAAUGGAACAGCCCUAGAGGUUAGGAAGGAAUGCCUUCCAAACGGGAGUUGGCAGCCUCUAAAUGAAGUCUGCCUGGAAAUGGAAUGCCAUUCCGAUCCACCUGAUCCACCUGUCGGAGGUGCUCGAUUCUGGAAUGGAUCCAGCGUUGCAGGCAACCGUCCUAGAUAUUCUUGUCCUCGAGGGAUGGAAUUUGAGACGUCCGGCGAGACACUCACCUUAUCCUGCCUGGAAACUGGAGAAUGGGAACCCCUCGAGAAAUGCAUCUGGGUGGAAUGCCUGGAGGACCCGAUGCUGCUUUCGAUGCAUUUCAUUUCAAAUUGGGAUGGGACGUCGAGGAAAGUCGGGACCACUUUCCAAUACAUGUGCCUCAUAGCAUUCCAAACGACUGUAGUUGGCCGUUGCGAGGAAACAGGGAAAUGGUCAUCCCCUUCUCUUCUCGAUUGUGACCGUAAGUUUCAAUCUUUCGAAGAAUCCCUUUUGUAG